UAAUUUUUUACAAAUAUGAAAGAUAAUUUAGUUUUCUUUAAUGAUUCUAGAAAUUUGUGCGAGUAGUUGCGUGUCAUAGAAAAAAAUAUAUAUAAAUUAUACCUACAUACGCAUAUAUAUCGAAAGAUAUAAUUCACAAAUAAUACAAAAAGUGUGCAUACAAGCUACAGCUAGCGAAAUGUCUGCAGCGAAUGAAACACAAGACUCAACGGCUAAACACAAGACCCACAGGGACCCUAAUGCGGGACGUAAGGCGGAAAAGAAGAAAGCAAAGAAAAAGCAUGUUCAGGAAUUAACAGAUAAGCAGAGGAAUCCAAAGGCGUUCACAUUCAACUCUGCGGUAAAAGCCGAGAGGAGAUUCAGGCGUAAGCAGGACAUUGAAACCAAAAAGCAGCAUAUACCUUUAGUCGAUAGAACACCUUUGGAACCUCCACCGAUCAUGGUGGCUGUGGUGGGACCGCCAAAAGUGGGCAAAUCUCUGGUUAUUCAAUGCUUAAUCAAAAGCUAUGUGAAGCAGCCUUUGACCAACAUACUUGGUCCAGUCACUGUUGUAUCUGGUAAAAAGCGAAGAAUUACUUUUAUGGAAUGCAACAAUGACAUCAACAGCAUGAUAGAUAUCGCCAAGGUGGCAGAUCUGGUACUGCUACUGGUAGAUGCAUCCUUUGGAUUUGAGAUGGAAAUAUUCGAGUUUCUAAAUAUAUGUCAGGUGCAUGGUAUGCCUAGGGUAAUGGGUGUACUCACUCAUCUGGACUUGAUCAAGAACUCUAAACAAAUGAGAAAAACAAAGAAGACACUGAAGCAUCGUUUCUGGACAGAGGUAUAUUCCGGCGCAAAACUGUUCUAUCUCUCCGGCUUGCUGCAUGACGAGUACCUGCGUAUGGAAAUUAAGAAUCUAGCACGCUUCAUAUCUGUAAUGAAAUUCAGGCCCUUGAUUUGGCGAACCACUCAUCCUUACAUUCUUGCUGAUAGAAUAGAGGAUCUGACAUCACCAGAAUUAAUCAGGCAAAAUCCAAAAAUUGAUAGAACAAUCAGUUUAUAUGGAUAUGUCAGAGGAAUUCCUUUGAAUAAAGAGACGUCUGUACACAUACCCGGCUGCGGAGACAUGAAGAUCAAGGACGUGAGCUUUCUACCAGAUCCCUGUCCCCUGCCGGAGCAAAUCAAGAAACGUGCCCUGGUGGAGAAGGAACGGCUUAUCUACGCACCGUUUUCCGGCGUCGGUGGAAUAGUCUAUGAUAAAGACGCCGUCUACGUGGAACUGGGUGGUAGUCAUUCCUAUAAGGAAGAAGACACUGGAAUAGCUAGUGUGUUAAUGAACACGCAGGAGACGCUUGACCAGAAACUCCAGCGCAGCGAGCUGCAAUUGUUCAGCGACGCCGCACCGAUCAAAUCACAGGAUGUAAACGAGACUAUGACACCUUAUAUAGGCAAAUUGGUGGUAGAGAACGGAAGAAUUCGUCGGAAAGUGGUAUUUAAUGAUGACAAAUCUAGCGAUGAUGCGGGCGAAAAUGUCAAUCAAAAUGAAAAUGAAAACAAUGAGAACGACGACAACGAUGAUGAUGUCGACAGUGACGUUGAAAAUGAAUCGAGCGAUGAGGAGACUGUGGAACUUGGAAGUGAGAAGGGCACCAAGAGGAAAAGAACCGAAAAAGACGAUACACAGAGUAAAAAGAAGAAAAUAUCGGCUACUGAAGUUGAAGAUGAUAUGAAUCUUGAUGAGAUUGAAUUGAUGAAAGAUAAGAGGAAGCAAGUUCUCCAAGAAAAUACUACGGGAGUGUACCAUUCUCUGAGUAAAGAAUCAGACGUACUAAUCAAGAAUAAGGUUUCGGAAGCACUAAGUUUCCUCGAGGCAACUAAGAAGAAUGCGAAACAAGACGGCGACGAUGAAAGUUUCGACGAGCUUAGUGACGGAGAUUCGCGUGCGGGAUUAGAGAUGGACGAUUCGGAUCAGACUAGUGAUUCCGAGGAGGAAGAACUAGAAGACGAGCAAGAAGACGAAGACAGAGAAGAGCACGAAGAAGAGGAAGAAGAAGAAGAAAAAAAGGAGGAAGAGGAGGAGAAGAAAGUAAAAACGAACAAAAAAGACGGUGAGAUGGACGAAAGCAAAGAAGUGGCGGAUGAGUUAAAGUGGAAGGUGAACUUAGCCGAGAAGGCGAAACAGGCGUUCAUUAAUCGCCAGCAAAACAACAAAAAUCUGAUGAAGCUAGUGUACGAUGUGUUGCAUAAGAACAACUCGUCGACCAACAAGGAAACGAAGAAAGAAGAGGAAGAGGAUGAAGAGGCCGGCGAAGAUAUAGGUGAGAUACUGCGCACGGUUCAAGAGAAGCAAAAGCAAAAAAUUCAAGAGCGAGAGUUGCAGAAUCAGGAGGAAUCAGUUUUCUUCACAACGGAGGACCCGCGUGAUUGGUUAGAGGAGGUGAACAAAACGCUAUUGAUCAACCGUUUUGUGACGGGCAAGUGGAAGGAAUCGGAGGAUGCUGAGGAGCUUCUGAAGUUGGAUGACAUGAACGACGAUGAGGAGGAGAUAUAUGGCGACUUCGAAGACUUGGAGACUGGGCAGAAGUACGAGGCAACUCGGCCGGCAUCCGAAGAGUUGCUAGCGGAGGACGAGAUGGAUGAAAAAAAGAAGUUGUUGGAGAAGAAGAGAAAGCUGAAAGAACAAUUUGACGCGGAGUACGAUAACUCGGAGACAAAAACGUACUACGACCAGCUGAAGGCCGAAGUCGAGAGGCAGGCGGGUAUCAACAAAUCAGAGUUUGAAGGUCUGGACGAUGAUAUGAGGGUACAGCUGGAGGGCUAUCGGCCGGGGAUGUACGUGCGUGUGGAGAUCGAGACGGUGCCGUGCGAACUGAUCACACAUCUAGACCCGACUUAUCCGCUCAUCAUCGGUGGUCUGCUGCACGGCGAAGAGAACAUCGGCUACGUGCAAGCGCGCGUGAAGAAACAUCGUUGGUACUCGCGGAUCCUUAAGAGCCGCAAUCCGCUUAUUUUUUCUGUAGGCUGGCGGCGUUUCCAGUCAUUGCCGAUCUACUCCAAGCUGGAGGAUAACCUGCGCCAAAGGAUGCUCAAGUACACGCCGGAACACGUGGCGUGUAUGAGUCACUUGUGGGGCCCUAUCACGCCACAAGGCACCGGAAUAUUGGCGGUGCAAGACGUUGCAAGCAGAGAGCCAGGCUUCCGCAUCGCGGCGACCGGCUCGGUUGUAGAAAUGGACAAGAGCACGCAGGUAGUGAAGAAGCUCAAACUGACCGGUGUACCCAUGAAGAUCUAUCGCAAGACCGCGUUCAUCAAAGAUAUGUUCAACAGCGCACUCGAGGUCGCCAAGUUCGAGGGUGCUAGGAUUAAAACAGUAUCGGGUAUCCGUGGGCAGAUUAAGAAGGCGGCGGCCAAGCCGGAAGGUUGCUUUCGUGCUACAUUCGAAGAUAAGAUACUGCUGAGCGACAUAGUGUUCUGUCGCACGUGGUAUAAGAUCGACGUGCCGCGCUUCUACAACCCGGUGACAUCGCUGCUCUUGCCACCGGCCGAGAAGAAUCAAUGGCGAGGCAUGAAGACUACGGGGCAACUGAAGCGAGAGAGGGACAUCCGCGCCGAGGCCAACAGAGAUUCCAUGUACACGGCGAUUCACCGAGAGCCUAAGGUAUUCAAACCGCUCUACAUACCGCGGAAGUUGCAGAAGGAGUUGCCGUACAGAGACAAGCCAAAGCAGGCCCCGCCGCCGAAUCGCAAUCCCAAGUUCGGCAAGGGCAGAGUCGCCGUGGUGCGCGAGCCCGAGGAGCGAAAGGUCGCGCGUCUCAUGAGAAUGAUCAGGACGAGUUACGCGCGCAAGCAGCAGCAGACCAAACAGGCGAUGACAAAGAGAAUCACGGAAUAUCAAGCGCGAGUUGCAGCGGAAGGAACCAAGAGAUUGAAGAAGCAAAGGGAAAUGAAGAAAGAGGUAUUCAGGAAUCUUAGCAAGCUGGAGAAAAAGGAAAAACGAGUAAAAAAGUAAAGUGUUUGGAGAAAAAGAGUGUAUAUAAUGAACGCUGGUUGAACGAAUGAUCGCCGAUAGUGCCGUUGAUCUCGUCGGACCCGGCCUCCGCGGUGUUGAAACUGAUCUUAUUCGUGGGGUGUAGCUUCAAGCGACCGUCGCAAUAUCGUCGUACACAACAGACCAUCUACCUACAAUUAAAUCUCACUGAGUAUAUUGUAAAUAUUGUAAAUGAAAUUAACGAAACAAAUAUUGCUUUAUAUAGAAAUAUAUUUGAAAUAUUGUUUAUGUACAUAUAUUAAAGAUAUGUAAACUAUUUUAGUAUUUCUGCUGAAAGAAAAUUAAAAUUAAAAUUGGAGCGCGCACGCGCUGCCCUUCCGGAGUCAAUAAAUCGCCGGUUAACUGUAGCAAUUCGAAGAUGAAAAACGUUUGCGUCUCUUUCGGAAUUAGCGGAGGCUUCCGAUACGUCUCGUCGAGGCAGCCGGAGGUAAAUUCCAUCCCCUAUUCGAUCGCGAUCGUGCGAUCGCCCAGUAAUCAGCGUAUCGCGAGAACUCGAGUAACCACCAACUUCGCUUCAUCGGCCUCAUCCUCCCCUCUCUCUCUCUCUCUCUC